UAAAACAAAGUUAGGUUAAAGAUUUUUAUUUAUGUAAUCAGAAAUAUUAAUUUCCAGCUACUUAAAACUUUAUGCUUAAAACUAGGCAUACUAACUGCAAUAACUGACUAAUAUUAAAUCAUAGUUUGUCUAACAAUCAUAUGUAAUUUGCAGUUUAAGCGUCUUUAAUAAGAAAUCCUAAUUUCUCUAGUCCAUAAAUAGAAUUGAAAAAGCAUGUUCAUUCUUUAAAUAAAACGAUUUUGCAUUGAAAAUAAAAUGGCUUUGGAAAUUGAGCAGCGUAGGAAUAAUUUAUUAUGGUCAUCCUUUCUUGGUGGCGGAGUAGCAGGACUAUUUGUGGAUGUAGUAUUAUUUCCCUUAGAUACAUUAAAAACUAGGCUACAAGCUGAACAGGGAUUUAAAAAUGCAGGAGGAUUUAGAGGAAUAUAUAAAGGCAUUGGAGUUCAAGUAAUUGGAAGUGCUCCACAAGCCGCUUUCUUUUUUGUAACUUAUGAAUCUAUUAAGUAUUAUUCAGAACAAGUGCUUCCUAAGGGUGCAAUGCCACUUGCUUAUAUGUUCGGUGCGUCAGUGGCUGAAGUUAUGGCUUGUUUAGUAAGAGUUCCUAUGGAGGUGGUAAAACAACGGAAACAAACAUCUUUAGUUAAUAAAUCGUCAUUGAGAAUAUUAUUGUCAGCUUAUAAGCAUGAAGGAUUUUUUAAGGGUGUCUAUAGAGGCUUUGGCUCAACAAUAGUCAGAGAAAUACCUUUUUCAGUUAUACAGUUCCCAAUUCUUGAAUACUGUAAAGCCACUUACAGAACUAAAUUUAAAAACAAUGUUCCUUUAGAGUCUUUUGAGGUUGCUGUUUGUGGAUCUAUUGCAGGAGGUAUUUCUGCAGCAGUAACAACACCUUUAGAUGUAGUUAAAACUAGGAUAAUGUUAGCUGACAGAAGAAAAGCGCAAGCUGGUUCGUUAACAUUUAUAAGAACAUUUAAACGAAUUUUCAAGAACGAAGGUGUUAAAGGGUUAUUUGCGGGGGUAGUACCAAGAACACUAUGGAUAUUUUUAGGUGGUUAUAUAUUUUUUGGUAGUUAUGAUUUUGCAAAGAACAACAUUUGUGAUUUUAUAGAAGAUGGAUCUUGUGACAGAUGAUAUUUAUUCUACCCACUGAAUUGUGUUUAGGAUUUUUGUUCAAUAGUAGUUUUGUUUUAAAUACAUUAUUUUUUUAC